AUGAAGCGUAGAAACGUACUUCUUUUUGCCUUUGUGCUGCUGCUGAACUUGCAUAUCGUGCCUUUCGCCUCCGCACAAACCUCGCCGUCGACGUCGGAGCACAUUAUUGUGUUCGGUGGUCCCAAUUGGGAGUUCGUGGUGCAAAAUAAAUUGACGGAGCUAAAGGCAGCCCUCAUCAAGGACAUUGGUCCCCAGUUGCUGCGCAAGUAUGCCUUUUUGACCAUCAUCAACGUGUCAUCUGUGGAAUUCAAUAAAAAUCUGAGGGUCCACAUCACCGUGCUGCAGGCUUUGUUAAGUAAGGGUCCCAGCUCACGUCUCCUGCACCUCUGGCCACCGGACGAAGCCAAUUCUAUGAUCACUCAGGGCGCAUUCAGCAACACACUGGCACUCUAUCCAGGCCCGGAAAGGGCAACUGUCAUCAGUGUGCAGUUGGCUGAAAAAGAAACUGGCUCCAUUAUCAGCGAUGAGUUUCUAUUAAGGCUGUUUAAGUUGGGCUACGCCAUUCUCUCUCUCAUGGCAGUGCUGCUUUUUAUUGUGCUUGUGUGGAUGUGCUGUCAGGGCUGUGGCAGCAAGCCCGUCGAAGAAGGCGCCGAACCGUAUCCAGUCAACUGA